AACUCGACAAGAUUGCGAAGAAAACAACGGUAAAACACCAUGCAUACAUUAUUUGGAUCACCUGGAUUUUCUGGAGAGAUUAUUAAGCUGAAUGUUGGAGGAGCAAAGUUUUCAACAUCCAAGCAGACAUUGACAUGCGUUCCAGACUCCUUCUUCUCCAGCUUGAUGAGCGGUCGUAUUCCAUCAGUCAAGGAUGAAGAAGGAGCAAUUUUCAUUGACCGUGAUCCGACAGUCUUUGCUCCGAUCCUAAAUUACUUACGUACCAAAGAGCUGAAUCUCAAAGGAGUUGAUGUACAGACGUUACGUCAUGAAGCAGAGUUCUAUGGCAUUUCACCGUUGGUUAAGAAGUUGACGUUAUGUGAGGAUCUUGAGAGAUCGUCUUGUGGUAAUGUGCUCUUCCACGGAUACCUCCCUCCACCAUCGUUUCCACCCAGGCUGGAGCGCAACGAGCAUCGUCACAGUUUGUCAGUGGAUGCUGAGACAAGACCUAGACCGACGCUGGCGAGAGGAGCAUCGUUAAGAGAGUCAACUCAAAGACCAGUGUCUGCAAUAGAACCAAGAUCAGUCAGAACUGACUUAGACAUUCCUAUGGAAACCUGUACAGAUCCUCGUAGGGUACUCAUCGUUGCUGGCCACCACAACUGGAUCGCUCUUGCCUACGCCCACUUUGUCUGCUGCUACCGCAUCAAGGAGUCCACAGGUUGGCAGUUAGUCUUCACCUCGCCGUAUCUUGAACGAACCAUCGAGAGGGUCGCACUGAACUCCAGGGUCCCGCUGAGUCAGUCCGAGGGAAAGGAAAAGAUGGUGGCGGUGUCGUACGGUAGCCAGAUCAGACUCUGGAGCUGUCAGGAUGAGAGCAAGCGCAAUCAAAUAGGUACCUUUGAUCUCGGUGUCCAUGUAGACUCAUUGUUCUUCAUCGGUAGUCAACUAGUGGCUACCAGUCACACAGGUAAAGUAGGCGUCUGGCAUGCAGUCACACAGCAUUGGCAGACUCAAGAAAUGUGUGCGAUUGCUAGCCAUGAUACAGCAGGGUCAUUUCUUCUAUUGGGAUGUACAAACGGCUCCAUCUACUACAUAGAUAUGCAGAAGUUUCCAUUAAGAAUGAAGGAUAAUGAUUUAUUAGUGACUGAACUGUACCAUGAUCCUGGCAUUAAUGACGCAGUUACUGCCCUCAGUGUCUACCUCACUCCAAAGACAAGUUUGACAGGUAACUGGAUUGAGAUAGCUUACGGCACUAGCUCAGGCAAGGUGCGAGUGAUCGUACAGCAUCCAGAGACUGUCGGACAGGGACCACAACUUUUCCAGACGUUCACGGUUCAUUGUAAUCCCAUUUCUAAGGUCAUGCUGUCGGAGAAACAUCUCAUCUCGGUGUGUCAAGAGUAUAAUCACGUGAGAACAUGGAAUGUGACGAGAUUUCGCGGGAUGAUCUCCACCCAGCCUGGCUCCACUCCGCUGAACUCCUUCAAGAUUCUCUCUCUAGAGGAAACAGAGCCACACCCAACCUACGCCGCUGGAAAUGACUUUGGACCCUACGGUGACAGAGAUGAUCAGCAGGUGUUUGUCCAGAAGGUUGUUCCUGAGACAGACCAGUUGUAUAUACGUCUUGCAUCCACAGGGCAGAGGGUAUGUUUGAUCCGCUCUGUGGAUGGCAGCAUCAUUACAACCUUCAGAGUACAUGAAUGUGAAGGGUCAAGUAGGAUGGGGUCACCACCGAGACGAUACCUAUUCACUGGACACUCAAAUGGAUCCAUUCAGAUGUGGGAUUUGAGCACAGCAUUGGAUCAUCUGGUUAAGGCCAACAAGGGGGAGAGAGCUGAACCUCAUCUUCCCGGUGGCCCAUCUGAAGAGGAACUCAUCCGCCUCCUCGGCCACUCAGACGUCUCUGCCUCUCGGACGACGACGCCCUCCAUGAGCCCUGCAACAUCCGCCCAGAUGCUACCCAUGAGAAUCAACCAUCUACGCUCCGGCUCGGCGAACACUCUGGCCAGUCAAAGCACCGAGGAACUUCCAGGCGCAGAGGGGGGACAAACCGGAGGCGGAUGGUAGUUUACUUUUCACCAAUGAGUGUGAGUAAAUCAUGAAGUCAUCCCAGUUUUCAUCAUCUUUUUAUUUUGUUGUUUUUCGUUUGACAUCAGACUACCUCUCUCAUUUUUGAAAUAUUGAAUGAUCGAAAAAAUGAUUAAGUGACAAAUUUAAUCAAGAUUUAACCAGUAAACGCUGGAAGACGUGCAUACAUGCUAAUGUUUUCCGUUCCAGAAAUGAGAUGAGGUGUAAACACGCUUUGGCCAAGGUUCUGCGAUUCACAAUGAAGCAUCUAAUAAAAGUGGCCUCUUAUAUAGCGCUCAGGUCCAUCACGCAGUGGCGCUCAUGGCGCUUCAACAUUAUAACCCCCUG